GGUUUUUCUUAGUCUUAGUCUCACCCAUAUAUAUCUCUUGAUCAUAUAAAAGCCCUUGUGUGCCUCAUCUACCCGCUUGCUUACCAUCAGCGCUCACCACUACAACUUACAUAGCAACCUUUGCCCUACCCUCAACUUGAAGAGACACACCUCACUCACCACAGAUGAUCUCCACCAGAGCAGCAACCCGGGGAUCACUGGCCUCACAACGAACCACGGCCCAGCUCCUCAAGUCCUUCAACAGCUACAAUGCUGGCCUUCGACCGACAUUCGUAGCCGUGGAGCAUAUCCGCCUAGCCCCAGCUAGCCAACGUCACUUCUCCUCCUCGCCGCAAAGCACCAAGAUCAAGGAGUUCUUUGAGAAGACACCUACAGAAAAGGUCCACAAGACCCCUUCAGCAUGGCCACAUCCAGCUUACACCGAAGAGCAAAUGCAACAAGUCGUCGUUGCCCACCGCGAAGCAAAGACCAUAUCCGACAAGGUCGCCCUCAUUGCCGUUAGGAUCCUACGAUGGGGCCUCGAUUUCGCUACCGGGUACAAGCAUGAACGGGCUGUGGACCUGAACGCCAAAGAUCCGGAAGCAGCUCGCAGGAAGUAUGCCAUGACAGAGGAGAAGUACAUGAUCCGCAACGUGUUCCUCGAAAGCGUUGCUGGAGUCCCAGGAAUUGUUGCGGGCAUGCUCAGGCACUUGCAUUCGAUGAGGCGAAUGAAGCGAGACAAUGGCUGGAUCGAAUCACUCUUGGAAGAGAGCUACAACGAGCGCAUGCAUCUUCUGGUGUUUCUAAAGAUGCAGCAGCCAGGCCGAUUUAUGCGUCUCAUGGUUCUCGGAGCCCAAGGAGUCUGGUGCAACGCCCUCUUCUUCGCCUACCUGCUCAGCCCCCGCACCGUCCACCGCUUCGUCGGGUACCUCGAGGAAGAAGCUGUCUUGACUUAUACGCGCCAAAUCAAGGAUCUCGAUGCAGGCCGCCUGCCCAAGUGGGAGAAGCUGCAAGCGCCUGAGAUCGCGGUCGAUUAUUGGAGUAUGCCCGAGGGCCAUCGCACGAUGCGCGAUCUUCUGCUCUACAUCCGCGCCGACGAGAGCAAACACCGAGAAGUCAAUCACACGUUUGGCAACCUCGACCAGAAAGAAGAUCCGAAUCCCUUCGUAAGCGAAUACAGGGAUCCGGAGAAACCGCAUCCGACGAAGGAUCUUGCGUACCCCAAGCCCACCGGUUGGGAGCGUCACGAGAUCAUCUGAGCCUCAAUCGACGUGCUCCUUUUUCCCCAGCCUGGAAAUAAAAUCACUUGGAGUUGCAUGGCAUGUACCUGAUCUUCUCUUCCCCGCUGUUUCGAAUAUUGUCUUUUCGGCGUUAUCGGGAAUUUGCGAGUCGCGGACAGACGAUACCCCAGGUUUAGACGGUAUGUGUCAUGAGGGAGAAGGGGCAGGUACCUUCAGACGCCC